UGCUUUUCCUUUUAAAAGGGCUUUUUCUGCAUAUGUAAAUAAUUUCAACAAUUCUCUUCAUUUCUUAUACCUCUUUGUCGCUUCAAAUUCUGAGAUAUGGAGAGAGAUUUCAUGGGGUUGAACCCUAACAAAGAUGCCACUGUUAAGGAAGAGGUUGUUGAAGGCGUCGUCGAAGAAUCUGGAUUUGCAAGGAGCUCUGGGCCUGCAAACAAGGCGUCUGGCCUCCCUCAGUUUAUGUCAAAGAAUGGGCAGCCUGCAUAUUCUAUGAGUCCAUUUUCCAUGAAGCCACAGUUUCUUGGUGGAAGUACUCAUGCUGGAGUAACUGAACAAUGGAACAAUUCUAAGGCUUCUAAUGCUCCUGCUCAGAUGACUAUUUUUUAUGGUGGAAAAGUGUGUGUCUUUGAUGACAUUUCCCCUGAGAAGGCUCAAGCAAUCAUGCUUUUGGCUGGAAAUGUGUAUGCCCAAUCUAUGAUGGCUCAAUCAAAACUUCACAUGCAAGCACCUGCAUCCAAAGUUCCAGCAGUAGAUCAACCAUUGGUUAACCAAUCCAUGAGCACUCCACCAUGUUCUGGACUCCCAAGCCCUAUGUCUGUUUCUUCUCACCCCAUUGGUCAUUGUGGUGUUCCGGGUACUAACAAUGAUGACAUCAAGGUCUCUAAGACCGCUGGCAUGUCACCUGCCCAUGCUAAUAAUACUGAACCUUCUAGAGUGAUGUCAUCUGUUGCUGCAUCUGCUAUAAUGUCAUCAGCUGUUCCACAAGCAAGGAAAGCAUCACUGGCUAGGUUUCUGGAGAAGCGCAAGGAGAGGGUGAUGAGUGCAGCAGCACCAUACAACCAGGGCAAGAAGACGGCGGAUUGUAAAACGCCAGAGUCGAAUGAUUUUGGAUUCUCAGCUACGUCUACCUUCUCUAGUUCGGUCGCUGUCAGCAAGGAUGACUGAGUGUAAUAUAUGUGAGAUCUUCUCUUAUGUAGCUAAUAAACCCUGAAGUUUGUACUAAUAGCUUGCAUUCUGGUUGUGGAUCUAUAACGUUUAUGAAUUUGGCUAUAUAUAUGUUGUAUAAUUCCCUAAGUUGUUGUAAUAUUAUUUCUAAAAAAUGCAACUCUUGGUAGGCAAACUACCUUAUUUGUAUCUAAUGCCAACUCUAGAUGAUCUAGAACUAUAUCAUGGCUCA